CUUUAUCACCUAGAUUGAUCAGGUUGCUCGAAGCCUCUGAACGUCAUGGCGGCAAAUGCCAGAUAUGAGCCAGCUCCUCAGCGGGACUCCUUAGAGGACCGGGAAUACACCCAGCCCCCGCCUUCUUAUCAGGCAACCGCAGAGGAACCUCGUACUGAGGACGACAAUGUUCCAGACGACUUCAAGUUCGGCGGUACUGUUGCGGAGGCCACGCUGCCUAUCCGUAUGCAGUUUAUCCGCAAAGUAUACGCCAUUCUUACCGUCCAGCUCCUCCUCACAACUGUUAUGAGCACCAUAUCCUUCUUCAGCGAUAGCUAUCGACACUGGAUUCAGUCAAACUUCUGGCUGAUGAUGGUCUCCGUCUUCGGGGCUCUCGGGUUCCUCUUCGUCACCUACUGGAAGCGCAAGAGCUACCCGGCCAACCUCCUGUUCCUCUCUGCAUUCACCAUCCUCGAAGCCUACUCUAUUAGCGUGGUGACUUCAUUUUACGAUGCCCGCAUCGUUGUACAAGCUCUCAUCCUGACUCUCGGCAUCUUCGUCGCCCUCACUCUGUUUGCAUGCCAAACCAAGUAUGACUUCACCAACUGGAUGCCCUACCUCUUCGGCGCGCUUUGGUUCUUGAUUCUCUUUGGAUUCGUGUCCUUCAUGCUUCCCUUCAACAGCACCGUGGAGCUCAUCUACGGCGGUAUCGCUGCCCUUAUCUUCUCCGGCUAUAUCCUGGUUGACACUCAGCUUGUCAUGCGCCACUACCACGUCGAGGAGGAGAUCGCCGCCUCUAUCUCGCUCUACCUGGACAUUCUUAACCUGUUCCUGGCUAUUCUGCGCAUCCUCAACAGCCAGAGCAAUAACUAAAGCUAUCGUCUCCAAGUCGGGGGGUAUCCGCUAACCUAUAAGGGAGGGUAAAUCGGCGACAAAGUAAAAGAUAUAUAUCGCAGACUGACUGACCCAGCUCUUGUGUUUUUUUUUUUUUUUUU